GAGAGAGAUGGGUUCGUACUCCGGAGACAACGAUAUCAUAAUAAUCGGUGCCGGCAUCUGUGGCCUCGCUACCGCCCUUGCGCUCCACAGGAAGGGUAUUGGCAGUUUAGUUCUAGAAAGGGCCGACUCUCUACGGGCGUCGGGAGCUGCAAUCGGCAUUCACACCAAUGGUUGGUGCGCACUUGAUCAGCUGGGUGUAGGUCCCACUCUUCGAGAGAAAGCUAAUCGUAUAUAUGUGGUGCGACAUGUUUCUCUCGACAAUGGGAUGACACGGGAAGUACUAUAUGGGAAUGAAGAGUAUCGGAACUUGGUGAGGAGUGAUCUCAUCCAAGCACUUUUUGAUGGCCUACCGCCCGGAACAGUCCGCUUCGGCUGCCAUAUCGUCCAAGUCAAAACAGAUCCAGUAACUUCUCAGUCCGUCCUUCAUUUCGAUGAUGGAAGUAUGGCCACUGCCAAGCUAUUUGAUUUUGUUUCUCCAAUCGGCAACAAGCUCGUCCAUUGGUUCAUAUUCCAGACGCGACUUCCUGAAGAUUAUGGAAUAUCAGGGAAGCCCGAAAUCAUCAGAGAAGCAGCACUGGAAUUAAUUAAGGGAUUUCCACCAGAAAUGAUCGAAUUGGCGGAGAACAGUCUCCUCGACUCUUUUACUUUCACAAAGAUAAGAUACAGAGCACCGUGGGAUCUGUUAUUGGGAAACUUGCACAGGGGAACGGUGACUGUGGCAGGGGACGCAAUGCAUGUGAUGGGGCCGUUCCUUGGGCAAGGCGGUGCAGCUGGCCUAGAAGAUGCAGUUGUGCUUGGAAGAUGCCUGGCGAAAGCAAUGCAGAUGGACCCAAAUGGAGAUUACGCCGGGAAGCAGCUGGUGACUAGAGUUGGGUUGGCACUCGAUGAAUAUGUUAAAGAAGGGAGGAUGAGGGUGACAAGGUUGUCUAUGCAGACGUACCUUAAUGGAUUGUUGAUGGCAACCUCAUCCGGUUUUACGAGUGGAUUGAUUGUGUUCGUGUUAAAGACUCUAUUUGGUGGCGCACUUGAACAUACUCAAUAUGACAGUGGCCGCCUUUGAAAACGUGUGUUCGUGUUUUCACAAUAACCUGCUGCAAAGUGAUGCAAUAAGAUUGGCAGUGGGGCCAACG